AACCCAGCCUCGACAUUUCGCGUUCAGUCUUCAGUGUUUCUCCGCGCUUCCGUUCGUGCGUUUUGACUGUGGUUCGGUCUGGAGGAAAAUUAAAGUCGGCCGGGAUUCAAAGUUGAAAUAGUGUUUUGCGUAGAAAAGUUUCGAAGUCGACACUCUUCGAAGAACAUCAAGAAAAAUGGCUGAAAGUAAGGGUGCGUUGAUCGCGAAAACAGUGCAAAAACACGCAGGUAGAGCGAAGGAGAAGUUCCUCCAAAAUUUGGGCAAGGUGGACCGAACCGCGGAUGACAUAUUUGACGAACAUCUACAGAACUUUCUGAGACAGCAAAAUGCCGCUAACAGGUUGCAAAAGGAGUUCAACAAUUACAUCAGGUGUGUUCGAGCGGUGCAAGCGGCCUCGAAGACCCUCAUGGACUCAUUCAAUGAAAUCUACGAAAGUCAAUGGACCGGUCAUGAUCUGUUGUACGUGCAGGCUCAAAAUCUAGACAUGCUGUGGCAAGACUUCACUCAUAAACUUGCGGAUCAAGUUCUCGUGCCUCUCAACACAUAUCAAAGUCAAUUUCCAGAGAUGAGGAAAAAGAUCGACAAGCGAGGGCGAAAGCUGGUAGAUUACGACAAUCAGAGGCACAACUUUCAAUCGCUGCAAUGUAAUCCGAGAAAACGAGACGAGCUGAAAGUUACCCGGGGAAAAGAAUUACUGGAAGAGGCUAAGCGUACAUACGAACAACUUAAUUCGGAACUUCAUGACGAAUUGCCUGCUUUGUACGACUCGCGUGUUCUUUUCCUCGUGACUAAUUUGCAAACCUUAUUCGCUGCUGAACAAGUGUUCCACACCGAAAGCGCCAAGGUAUAUUCUGAACUAGAGGCAAUCGUCGAUAAAUUGGCCAACGAAAGUCAGAGAGGAUCGUACACGCUGAAGAAAAACACGGAACCGCAAUCUCCAAAAUCGCCAAACGCCAACUCUUCUUUAAUAAUCAACACGCAACCAGCUCAGAAUAAUAUUUCACCAGCUGUGGAGGAUUCCGCUCCGGCAGCAAGAGAUACAUCACCGACUACUCAAUUAAACGGCAAUGCUAACAGCAAUGCUAACAGCAAUGAUAAUUCCCUCAAUAAUCAGGAUGAGUCUCCGCAAAGCACAGUCGCGGCUUCUAAACGAGUGGAAGAGUUGUACGAUAUUCCUGUUGAGGUGGAAUAUGAAAAUGGUACCAAUUUCUCUGUAGGGGCAACGACUGACAACUUGCCACCUGGGGUUUUGUAUAGAGUCAAGGCGACUUAUAAAUAUAGAUGCGAAGACGUGGACGAAUUGUCAUUCGACGUCGGUGAUAUUAUUCGCGUAGUGGAGUACGAUGAUCCAGAAGAACAGGAGCAGGGUUGGUUAAUGGGUAUCAAAGAAGGCACAGAUGAAAAGGGUAUGUUCCCAGCGAAUUUUACAAAGCCACUGUGAGAGCUUUAUCGAAUUCAGCUAUUACACUCCAAUGCUCACUGAAACAGUGUAUUCUACUUUAAGAAUAGUUUCAAUAUUAAAAGUGAGAGUCAUACACAGUCAUCCGAGGUAUUAUAUAUAGUAAAAAAGUAAAUAACGAAUACACAAUGAAGGGCUACGGGAAGGGAAGGGGUGUGAUAAGAUAGUUAUGCUGGAGGGUACUGUGGAGAAUUAAUCACCCCAAAGUGCCUUAACCCAGCCACUGUCUGUGCCAACAUUCAUUGUCUGUAAUAUGGGAUCUCUCAUAUCCAAUGUACGAAUACACAUCAUUAAUAAUCGAAUGAAAUAUUUAAGUAAUUAAAUAAUAUAUUGUAAUACAUCAUGCAAUACUACGAGUAUAAUAUAAAAAGCUAUAUAUUAAAUUAAUAUUAUUUUAUGAAAUUGUACAUAGAAGUAUAUAUCUUAAGAAUAUUUUAUGGAAUAACUUUGUGGCCACUGAAAUUAUUAUUAAGGACUAAUGUAACGAUGAAAGCAUCUCUGCAAUACCCUACCUUGACAAGGAAUUAUCAAAUCGUGGAACUCCAAUUACAGAUCUGCAUUCAUAUAUUAGGAUUUUAUGAUCUUUACUUAUAGGACGAGGGGAAAAUUACAACUAGAUCCCAUUAAGAAUAAUUAUAUAGACGAUAUGCCAAAUUUUUGACUCGAUCGAGUAGUUUAUAACAAAAUUAUAUAAGUAAACUUCGAUACAUCCGUAUAUCAAAGCUAAACAUCAUAAUAUACAAAUGAUAAGAAUGUUAUCCUAAGAAUUUUCUAUAUAAUUCUGUUAACAGAAAUAUUAUGUUUUAUCGAUGAUAUACGUCUGAAAAUUUGUUCUCAAAAUCUCAUUUACAUCUUUUUUGUUUAGAGUAUAUCAUAAAAUAUAUAAAUAAAAUAUUCAAUGACCAAGUAUUUUUCAGAUAUGUAUACAUGAAAAAUCAAAUAAUGACGAUGAUUAAUUAGGUUACCAUUAUAGUCGUUGUAUCCAUUUGUGUAGCAAAAGUAAAAUUAGUAUCGAUCGAUGAUCCAACGAAAAAAAUUUGUAGUUUUAAUUAAUAAUCGUUAGAUAGAUUUCUCGAAAAAAAUCGUACACCAAAUCUUGUAUAACAACUAGUGCUACCAUAAUGUAUGAUUACAAAGAAGAACACGGAGUCUGCCAAUUUCAGCUUCCACUAAGUCGUGUGUCCUUUUAUUUUAUUAUACAUUGAUCUGAGACAUACACAAUGUAGAAAAGUUGGAUUGUUUAUUUUAUAAAUGAAAAGUUUUAUGGUUGAAAGAUUGAUCCAUUGUCACACUAAUAAUUAACCCCAUGUACGAAUUGAAACUGUAGACAAAUAAUAUGCUUGUUGCCAAGCAUUGCAGGUGCAUGAUAUGAAAACGUAAUGUUGACAUAUUUUACAAUUAUACUAUAUAACUAUAUGAUAUUCAUAAUGAUACUGAAUAUCAUACCUAUAUGAUAUUCAUAAUGAUACUGAAUAUCAUACCUAUAUGAUAUUCAUAAUGAUAAUAAAUGGACGUACAUUUAUAUUGUAUGAAGUGGACCAACAAAAAGCAGGUGAAAAAUAAAAAAAAAAAAUAUUUAAAUAAUGAUGCUAGGAAAAAAGUGUCGAUACACUUUUUUUGUUCUUAAGCGUAAAGAGAGUUUACAUAUGAUAUACGAUUAUAUGCGAUAUUAAAUACAGAAUACAAAAAAAUCGACAUUUCAAUCAAAUAUUAUUGUAAUGUAACAUAUCAUGCUUCGCUUAAUUAUCGUGAAUCCAAUUAUUAUAUAAUCUGAAUAAGUAAACAUUCCAUUGAUAUUAAAAUAAAUAAAUAUUUUGUCUGAAUAUGAUUUUAAAUUAUAAGAGCAAUAUUUAAUUCAUUAUCAAUGUUUUCUCUAAUAUUAAUAUAUUAUACCGAAUAUUAUGCCAAUAAAAAGCGAAGCAUGAAAGUUGCUUCUUUACUUGAGAUUUAUAUGAUUAUUUUGAUUUAUCCUUUUGUGUGUUUGAAGUACAGAUCCAGUAAUUUUUAUGUAACUAAUGAGCGAAUGUGCCAAUAUGAUGCAGUAUUCUAGAUACCAAUAAUGUGAUGUCGUUAAUGACACUACCAUGUUACAAAUUAAAUGCAAUUGUUAGUACUAUCUAGAACAACGGUAAUUAUUUUAAUUCCAGAGAAACCGAAAUUGUAGUCAACCGAAACAGAUAUGUGUCACAAAUGAGCAAUAAUGCGAAUAACAGUAAUUACUGGAAAAUAGAUCUUUUAAUGGUAUUAAUAUGAUAAAUUGUUCAAUCUCUUGAGAAAGUAAGCAAAUGCAUUUAACGAACUUAAAGAAGAUAAGCAGUAAAUAAAUGUUAUUCUUUCUGAUUUGAAAGAAAACUAUGUAGAUUACAAAUUCAAUAACAAUAUUGUGUGCUGAAGAUAUAAAAUAUAACAACACAAAUUGUAAUCAAAGUAUCAAAUCAUGAAGUAAAUGUAUCAAGUCUUCUAUUUUAAUAUAUAUAUAUAUAUUUUUUUUUUUAUGACUGAUACGAAAAGUAUUUAAAGUUACUUGUAAGUAUUGUUUUAAAGUUAAUAUUUGCAAACAAGUCUGUCAUAUAUAGAAAUGUAUUUCACGAAAUAAUCACUACUUGUCUUCUUUAUGUUAUAUUUAUUUAUUAAUGUAACAUACAAGCAACAACCAUCGAUGUUAAUUAGAAUUUCUAAUGCACCCAAGUAAUAGUAGUGAGGUCUGAAUUUAGUGUAGCAGUGGAGCAAUCAAUUGUUAUAUCAUUUGUCAUUUUUAUGCCUUGUUGUUUUAUUUUAUUGAAACGAUCAGUCAUAUCUUCAUAACCUUAAUAUAAACUAUAAUACGUAUAUACUUUUAUUGCUUUAAUUGUCCUUUUCAAUGGGCGACGAUUAUAAUAAACAAUUACUGGUUUGUA